AUGGCGCCGCCACGCUCUACAGCUGCUCAGAAGCUCAAGAAGCAGCAGGAGGACGCGGACUUGCUCCCGUCAGACGAGGAGGACUCGGACUUUCGCCUCACGGAUGGCGCAGACGAUGGCGGCUCUGGCUCGGACAGUGACAGCGACGACGAGGGUGCGAAGCGGGGCAGGAAACGGACGAAGCAGGAGCAGGGCCAGCCCGAACAGAAUCAGCCUGUGAUCGAUAAGGUAGCCGUUGACGACCUUUGGGCCCAGUUCAACGACCCGUCCUACGUGGACCCCUACGCUGCGCCCGCCGCCUCGACUUCUUCCGCCCCUCCUCCCUCUGCUACCGCUGCGUCUAAAGCUUCUCCGGCUGUGUCGAAGGCGGCGAACGGCAAAGGAAAGGGCAAGCAAGAGGAAGAACUCGUCAAGAUCGUCGUCGAGUACGAGUUUGCAGGAGAAAAGGUCGCCCAGGAGAAGAUGGUCCCUCGCUCGUCUGCCGAAGCGCAGGCCUACUUCGCACGCAAUCCUUCCGCCUCCUCCUCGACCUCUACCUCGCAGCCCUCUGCAUCCGCCUCGGCUCCUUCAGAUCCGACGUCCUCUUCCCUCGACGCUCUCUUCGGACCCGACACGUCUACCUCCGCCACGCCUGACGCCCCUUCUGCCUCGGCAUCUCCAGCACCCCCAGCUCCGUCGAAAACUACGCCUCCCACAGGCGGCGCGCCGAAACGAAAGAAGGCGGGUGGACUCGCAGGCGUUGCGGCGUCGCUUGGAGUGGGGAAACCGGCCAAGCUGAACACGCUCGAGAAGAGCAAGCUGGAUUGGAACUCCUUCGUCUCCACCCAAACCGGCCUCGAAGACACGCUCGCGCACGCCCGCAAGGACGGCUACCUCGAGAAGCGCGACUUCCUCGACCGCGUUGAUGCCAGGAAGGAGGAAGGCUGGGAGAAGGCGAGGGGUGAGGCCCGGAGGAGGGGAGGAGGCGCAGGCGGAAGCGGGCUUUGA